AUGGCCCACCUCGCUUCAACCUCACGCAAUAGUCUGCUCUGCCACCGAUGGGGUGUGCUCUGCUCGAACGUACCACGACGUCUGGUCAUUCGAUCGGUAGCUCCCGUACGCGCUUGGUCAUCAGCCUCGACUUCAUCCUCGCCAUCGCCACUCCCUCGCUUCUCUCUUCCCAAAGCCCAAGCCCCCUCGACGCGUACUCUGACAACACUUCGUUGUCGAUGCAACCCCCAUUCAUCUCUGCGACGUGCUCCACCCAGGGGCCGAAGGACGUUGAUCAUCCAAGCCCAAGCACCGACUUUGCCGCCCGAGGACUUUGAACCUGUUGAGGAGGGGGACGAUACGAUCAAUCUGACGGAUCAGGCUAUACAGGUGGGUUUCUGAUGCUUGAUUUGGGUGUGGUUUGGGUCGGGUAGGGGCGAGAGUAGGGGUUCUGUUUGAGGAGCGAUGAGCGAGGGAGGGAGGGGCACGUGAUCUUGCCAGUUCGAGCAAGCGUGACCCUUACCGACGACGGAACCCAUCGCAACCACCUAGGGCGACACCACGUACUGACGCUUGUCUACUUACGCAUCGCACAGCAAAUCACGCGAGCGCAAACGCAAGCGUCGAACCCACAACUCGCCUUGCGCGUCGCCGUCGAAUCGGGCGGGUGUCAUGGGUAUCAGUACAAGAUGCAGGUCACUGACCAGGUGCAGGAGGAUGAUUAGUCCGUUUUUCAGCUGGCCAUGUGUCAUCGGAUCCCGCACAGGAGAAGACUGAGCUGAAUCCUCCCUCCUUUGCCCCCACCUCGCAGCCUGUUCCAACCCCCCUCCUCCGCGGCCCGCCUCGUCAUCGACUCGGCGUCGCUCCCCCUCAUCUCGGGUUCCACGAUCGAUUACGCGACCGAGUUGAUUGGAAGCUCGUUCAGGGUCCAAGGGAAUCCCCAUGCGAGUGAUAAGGGCGGGUGUGGGUGUGGGGUCAGUUGGGAAUUGAAGGAGUAG